AUUGUUCCUGUAUACCCCCCUUCCUCCCCCUUAUUUUUACCAUGACUAGUCUUGGUUCCCUCAUCUCUCAUGCUGAUAAGAUUCCUCUUGUUGGUACACCUUUAACUAAUAUGGCUUCUGCCUUAUUACCUGAUAUCAAGAAAUCCAAUGAAAAAACUCAUUCCUUUCUCACUCCUAUUCCUCCUCCUCCUUAUGAAAAAGUAGUUGGUACAUCCAAAUUAUCACAAUUAUCUGAUUAUGUAUGGCGUCAAGGUUCUCAUUUUUUACCUGAUAUUACUCUAUCUAAUUCUGUUACCCAAUCUACUAUUGAUAAAAAACAAAUUGAACAAGUUAUGACUUUACUUCAUAUAGCUGCUGAAAUGGAUCAAUCUGGAAAUCAUCAAAUGGCAAAAGAUCUUUAUAUUAUGGGUAUUGAUAGAAUGCUUUCUUCUUUACCUUUGGAAUCAGAUCCUACAUUGAAAUUAGCAUUGGAAUAUCGUUUAUCAGACUUUAGAAAUCGUAAACAAUUGGAUUUAGAUCAACCUUUUGAAGAAACUAUGAUGGCUAUUGCUGAUUGUCAAGAAAUUGCUGAUGAUGAUCAAGACUUUACUUCCUUAUCCUAUGUUGGUUUGAAAUCAAGAUUGACACAAAUCGUAACCUCUGCUGCUUUAUUUGGUGUUGAUGUAUUCAAAAAAAGUCCUAUCCCUGAUGCCAUGGCUUAUUCGUUAUCAUGCGCAUUGGCUGGACUUGAAGCGAUGGAUGCUAAUUAUCAAAUUCGUCAAAGAACAUGGAAUAUGGCUGUACAAGGAAUGGCAAAGGCUAUUGAAAUGGAUCGUCAUUAUGAAUUACAUAGACUGGUGAUGGAUAAGUUAGUAAUAACCUGUAAUGCUCUUUUACAAGCUGCUGUGGCUCAUAAUUCGGAAUCUCAUAAAUGAAAGCAUGUGAUAUUCUCUACAUAUCAUUGUUUCAUGUUUUUUUUUUUUUUACCCAAAAUCAAAAAAUUGAAAGUAGUAUAGUAUUUUUUUUUUAUAUAUAUAUCUUUUAGUAUUCCCCAAUAUAUGUGAUUCUCUGUUAUUGUUUUUUUUUUUAUAUUAUAUCCUUCUACCCCUUGAUUCUUUUAUACUUUUUUUUUAUAUCCUUAUUGAUUGACAAAAAAAAAACACACUUCAUUAUUAAAGGACCGCUUAUUUCUCUUUUAUUUUUCUCAUUACCUUGGUUUUUUUCUUUUUUUCCUUUUUC